UUUAUAAUCUUAGUGUUAAAAAGCAUGUCAAAUCUGUAGUUAGUAGUAGCUAAUUUGCUCUUCCAAACGGCAGACGGCAGUAGAGUAGCUAGCUACAAAAGAAGACAAGUUGUUUUUAAACGUCACUUCCUGUUGGCUAAAGCGUGUUGCGUGCUUAAAAGGAAAAUGGCAGCGGACAGCAGAACUGAGGAUUACCCUCACGAGAUAGACGAACAGCUCAAAUGUUUCGACUCCUCAAUUUCUUCUAUCAAAACCAUGUUGGAGAAGUUGAUGUCGAUGCCCAGGAAUGACCUGCUCCAAAAGCUGGACCCUUUGGAUCAAGCCAAGCUGGAUCUGAUGUCUGCCUACACCCUUAAUUCAUUAUUCUGGAUGUACUUGGUUACACAAGGUGUAAAUCCCAGAGAACAUGGAAUCAAACAGGAAUUGGAGCGAAUAAGGACAUACAUGAACAAAGUGAAAGAGAUUACAGACAGGAAGAAAGCUGCCCGUCUGGAUAAGGGGGCUGCAGCACGCUUUGUCAGGAAUGCUCUGUACAAUGCAGACGAAAAAGAUUCUAGAAAAAAAGCAGCAUCCAAGAAAGCAGCAGACACAAAGUCUGACACCCCGCAGUCAAAGCGUCCAAAGCAGAGCUGAAGGAGAGAAGGAGCUGUACAGUCUGGUCCCACUGGAUUUUGUACCUCUUUGGGGAUAAGAAACACUUUCUGUUCACAAGGCAGCUUCUUAAGUUGCGUUACUGGCAUCAAACAAUGCAACAUGACGCAUACAACAAAAUACACGUUGGUGUUUAUCUGGGUUGCUCACCAGUCAAAUAGCCUGUCAGAUUGCAGCAUUCAUGUUGCUGGAUUUACCAAAACACAAGACUGAUUGCCAUCUACGAUACACCAUCCCAGGUUUUGCUGAGCAUAUUGUUGAUCUAGAAUUUAAUAGCCUUGAGUCUGUAAUACUUUUGUAAUGUUACUUCACCAUUGAGUUGUAAAUCUUCUUCAGGAUGCCAUAACCUUGAAAAAGUAUUAUUUUAUCAAGAAAAGUGAGUAAAAUCCUGGUCCAUCCAGGUAUUGAAAUGUCAUUUAGGAAUGUUUGGUUCCUUCUUUCAGAUAAAUGAGAAUUUCUCUGUAUUUUAAAAGUGAUUCUAUGAAUCAUGUUGUUUUGAGGUGUUUUUACACACGUGCAAUGUGUCAGACUUGAUAAAACUUUUUUUUUUUGCAAUGUAUUGCUUUUAGGAUUGACUUCUUUAUAAAAAACCAAAACAUAGUUGAUUGCUGAUGCACUGUCGCACUCUCAUGGCUCACUGGGUCACAUGAAUACACCAGAGCCAUCAACACCUGUUAGUAACACCUACUUACCCUACUUGUACUAUCCUAAUUUUCUUAAGAGCAAGGCUAUUCUGGUUAUGUGAUGAGGUUGAGCGGUUAUUUACGUCUUCCCAAGUUUAAUGUGGUCUUUUAAUCAGACCUACAUUACAGCCGAUGCGUUAAAUGUGAAAGGGAGAACUGAUGCGUGUUCUGGGCUGCCAAUAAACCCAUGUCCAAUACAUUAAAUAU